AUGUCGUCCUCCCGGAAGAAGCCCCCAGCAACAACAUGGAGCGACCUCAGCAUGACGCGAGCACAUCCACCUGAAUCGGCCGAAUCUUCUAAUCCAUCCUCACCGACCCAGAGGUUCUCCCGCACACAAAGCAGUUUAAGUAACGAUGAGAGGACACCGCUUCUCCCGAGUGCCGGCCGGUCUCGAAUUCGGGUUCAGGAUAUGAACAACGCCAGCAGCAAUAGCAAUAGCAACAACCCUCCGAGUACGAAACCCCAUCUCUCACGACAUGCGAGCCACAGUGGAAGUCUGCGAAGUGCGCGGCACCACAGUCGAGCAGGAUCGUGGAGCCACCGACUAGUCGGGGCUCUCUCCAAAAAUGACUCUAUGGUGGAAUCCAAGAGUGGCCUCAAUGCAGACGACCGAGUGUGGUACGACCAGUUUACCUCGACCGACUGGGUGCAUGACAGUAUCGCCGAUGCUUAUCGAAUAAAGGCGCUUCGUAGCAGGAAGGACAUACGAGGUCGUAUUAAGGCAGCUUUCGACGGAACGCAGGGCUGGAUUCUAAGUGCGUUAGUAGGAAUUCUUACGGCAUGUAUGGCCUAUGCUGUGGAUGUCUCAGAGGCACCGGUUUUCGACUGGAAAGACGGCUACUGCAUGAGAGGUUUCUUCAUUAGUGAGAGGCAUUGCUGCCCUGGUGGAGGACCCUGCGAAGCCUGGAAAUCCUGGUCAAACUACAUCCAAAUUUCCCAUGUCCCGGAGUACAUAGUUGAAUUUGUCAUUUAUGUCAUCUUGGUCGUGGCAUUUUCAACACUGGCCUGCUUACUUACGCUUACGACUAAGACGGUUGUGCCAUCGACAUACCACCUUAGCACGCUUGAUGAGAACCUUGCUGCGGAAUCCAUAAAACCAGGCCAGCAGCAUGACGGAACGUCUAGCCCUAACUCAAAUGAAGUAAAGUCAGAACCUAUGAUUUACUACUCAGCUGCGGGAAGUGGCGUCGCUGAAGUCCGUGUCAUUCUGAGCGGCUUUGUUCUCCACGGAUUUCUUGGCGUGAAGACCCUGGUGGUCAAGACUGCUGCGUUGAUAUUAAGUGUUGCCUCUGGCCUUAGCUUGGGCAAAGAAGGGCCCUUUGUCCAUAUUGCAACUUGCGUGGGCAACAUUGCUUGCCGGUUAUUCGCAAAGUAUGACCGCAACGAUGCUAAACGUAGAGAAGCCCUUUCAGCAGCUGCCGCAGCUGGCGUUGCUGUUGCCUUUGGAGCUCCGAUAAGCGGAGUUCUCUUCUCUCUUGAAGAGGUUGCAUAUUUCUUCCCAGCGAAGACCCUAUUCAGAACGUUCUUUUGCUGUAUUACGGCAGCACUGUCGCUCAAAUUUCUCAACCCUUACGGCACAAAUAAGAUUGUCAUGUUCGAGGUCCGCUAUUUGUCGGACUGGAAAUUUUUCGAACUCGGCCUGUUCAUUAUAAUCGGUAUGCUUGGAGGAGCCUGCGGUGCUAUCUUCAUUAAAGCAUCACGUUCUUGGGCAAUAUCCUUCCGGAAGAUCCCAAUAAUUAAAAGAUGGCCUCUUGUUGAGGUCAUGUUGGUUGCCCUUUUGACCGGACUCGUCGGGUACUGGAAUCCAUACACGAAACUUUCGGUUGCAAAGUUGCUUUUUAACCUCGCUAGCCCUUGUGACAUGCCGAAGGCAGACGCCAUGGACCUUUGUCCAGGGACAAUUGAUGAGAUAUUCCCGGUCGUCAAAAGCCUAACUAUCGCAUUCUUCAUUAAGGGAAUUCUCACAAUCAUCACAUUUGGUAUUAAACUCCCAGCGGGAAUUUAUGUUCCGUCUAUGGUUGUAGGUGGUCUCUUGGGACGGUUGGUUGGUCAUUUGAUGCAAUGGGUUGUCCUCCGAUUCCCGGAUUCGGCUCUCUUUGGAGAUUGUGCUGCACAUGAAAGUGGCGCCUCCUGUAUUACCCCAGGUGUAUACGCCCUUAUUGCGGCUGGUUCCACGAUGUGCGGAGUAACACGAUUGUCGAUUACGCUCGCAGUCAUUCUGUUUGAAUUGACGGGGAGUCUGGAUUUCAUCCUGCCAUUUUCUCUGGCAAUUUUGGUGUCCAAAUGGACGGCCGAUUUCAUGGAACCACUCAGUAUCUAUGAUCUUCUAACAAACAUGAACUCUUACCCAUUCCUGAGCAACAAGCAUAAGCCGAUAUUCACCUCGAAUCUCGAGGAUAUUGUUCCUCGUGUGCGGCGCGAGAGGGUCAUCGAUAUCUCGAACUCCCCGUUAGUAACUGCAAGCAGUCUCCGAGCUAAACUCGAGGUCGUGCUCAGAGCCGGGGAAGUCGAUGGUGGCCUGCCUAUCAUCCGAGAUGAGAUUCUCGUGGGCCUGAUCCCCGCACCUGAUCUAGAAUUCGCCCUAGAUAAUUUGGAUGAUGAACCUGGUACUCUCUGCCUAAUGGCAAAAGUCCUAUCACUUGAUGACUCGGAUGAUGAAGCUGAAACUGAUCCUACGGAUUUCACGCCGCAUAUUGAUCCUGCGCCGCUGGCACUCGAUAUCAAUUCACCCAUGGACCUUGUAUACGAAUGUUUUGUCAAAUUAGGCUUGAGAUAUGUUUGUGUGACUAGAGAGGGACGGUUCGCCGGCUUGACGCACAAGAAAACAUUUGUAAAAUACAUCCGUGAAUUGGAAGAGAAAGAGGGUCAUAUUCGACACUAG